AUGCCACGAAUAAUAUUAAGUUGGAUACUCUUAAUAUGGAUUACAUGCGCUUUUUUAUCUAUUCUAAUUACUAUUUCAAGUUUUCUUAGUCCAUAUUGGUUAAUUCGUAUUGAAACAUCAGAAACACGUCGUUUAACAGCAUGUCCACAAAAUAAUCUGUUUGAUAUCGUUAACAGUAAUAAUAAUGAUAAUAUUGAUAUAGAUUUAUUUACUUUAAAUUCUAAUAGAUCAGACAAUGAAUUGAUACAAUUAAUAAUACCACCAUCUAUUGGACCAUGGUUUCGAUGUCAGAGUAUAUGUAGUAAACUUUCAGAUUCUGUCAAUAAUAAUAUAUUGAACUGGGAACUUUUUGAUGAUACUUUAUUUAAAUGUCAAUUAUCAGUAUGGGGAUUUGGAGCGAAACCAGCUAUUGCAAAUAAAUUAAUAUGGUUAUCUGGAUUAAUUAGUAUGAUUGGAUGUUGUUUAUUAUGUAUAUCAUUCAUUUUUAUAUCACUAACUCUAUGUAAACGUGAAAUCUGUGAUCAUAGUGUAUUUAGCUGUACUGGAUCAUUGCUUGGUAGUGCUGAUUUAAUUCUACUAACAUCUAUCAUCAUGUGGCCAGCAGGAUGGGAUUCAGUUACAAUUCGUGAAGUUUGUGGUGGCAGUGUUGGACCUUAUUCAAAAGGAAACUGUUCCAUAGGUUGGGCGCCAUUAGCUUCAAUUUGUGGAAUAAUUCUUCUUUUAAUCAGUGCUAUAUUAUCUAUAGCAGUUGACAAAUCAAUCACUACACAGACAGCAACUAGACAGAUACUAUUGAAUGAAAAAUCUUGUGUUUUUCUACAUUAGGAAAUAUUGAAUUUUACAUAUGCAUGUGUGUGUGUGUGUGUAUUUGAUAGAUAUAUAGAUAGAAAAAAGAAAAAAAAUUAUUUACUGAUCACAAACAAAUAGAUAUCUUUAUCUAACAUAGAGGAUACAUAAAUACCUAUAUGAUUACAUAUUUAUUGUAUAUGUGUAUACUAAAACUGUAUAAAGAAACAUUCCGC